UGCGUCUGUCUCCUGAUUGGUCACCGCAGCCGUUUGCCAGAGCUCACCGCAUGCAUGGAGUCUUAGCUUUAGCUUAACUAAUUCCUGCUCACAUUGCUGAUCGGUGUUGUCGGCUACAUUUCUUUUCCGGUCCGCUAAAAUGGGUAUCGAUAUUAACCAUAAGCAUGACAGGAAGGUUCGACGAACAGAACCGAAGUCACAGGACGUGUAUUUACGUCUUCUGGUCAAACUAUACAGAUUUCUAGCCAGAAGGACAAAUUCCAAGUUCAAUAAGAUCAUCUUGAAACGUCUCUUUAUGAGCAAGAUCAAUAAGCCACCAAUCUCUCUUGCUCGCAUUGUACGACUGAUGAGCAAGUCUCAUCGUGAGAACUGUAUCGCAGUAGUUGUCGGCACUAUUACAGAUGAUGCUAGAAUUUUUGAAAUUCCAAAACUGACGGUAUGUGCUUUGCGUGUAACUGAGAAAGCCAGAGGUCGCAUUUUGAAGGCUGGUGGUGAGCUGAUAACGUUCGAUCAGCUUGCGCUACGCGCUCCGACUGGUAAGCGCACGGUGCUGCUGCAGGGACCACGUAAGGCACGCGAGGCACAGAAACAUUUUGGACCAGCACCUGGUGUACCACAUUCACACACGAAGCCAUUGGUACGGUCAAAAGGCCGGAAAUUCGAGCGAGCAAGAGGCCGCAGGCGUAGCUGUGGUUACAAAAAAUAAGGUUUAUAUUAGCGUCAUCAUUUAUUUCACAAUCUUCGAUUAGUCAUCUGAACAAACAUUUUACAACUGACGUUUUCUUCAUUGCAGUUUUCUUUUCACAUAAUCGAGUGAUUGAGAAAUAAAUGUUGGCUUGAUAAAAACUCAAUGUUUUAUUUUCUUCUGUAUGAUAUUGCAGUUGAAUCGCAAAUAAAACUGCUCCAUAUUA